GGUGGGGACGCGUAUAUAAGGAAAGGACGAGGCCGCCGCCAUUAACAUUUCAGAUCGACACAGCGAGUAAAUCGUCAGUGUGUUUUCUAGUUUGUUAGUUAUUGCAAUUACACUUUUAUAAAUCAAAAUGAGGGAAAUCGUUCACAUCCAAGCCGGCCAAUGCGGUAACCAAAUCGGCGCUAAAUUCUGGGAAAUAAUCUCCGACGAGCACGGCAUCGACCCCACCGGCGCCUACCACGGGGACUCCGAUCUCCAACUCGAAAGAAUCAACGUCUACUACAAUGAGGCGUCCGGCGGCAAGUACGUGCCCCGCGCCAUCCUCGUCGACUUGGAGCCGGGCACCAUGGACUCCGUGCGAUCCGGCCCGUUCGGCCAAAUCUUCAGGCCCGACAACUUCGUCUUCGGUCAAUCCGGAGCCGGCAACAACUGGGCCAAAGGCCACUACACCGAGGGCGCCGAAUUGGUCGACUCCGUAUUGGAUGUCGUACGCAAGGAAGCCGAAUCCUGCGACUGUUUACAAGGUUUCCAAUUGACCCACUCGCUUGGAGGCGGUACCGGAUCCGGUAUGGGUACCCUCCUAAUCUCGAAAAUCCGCGAGGAAUACCCCGACAGAAUAAUGAACACAUACUCAGUGGUACCGUCUCCGAAAGUCUCCGAUACCGUAGUCGAACCUUACAACGCCACCCUUUCGGUACACCAAUUGGUAGAAAACACUGACGAAACAUACUGCAUCGAUAACGAAGCUCUCUACGACAUCUGCUUUAGGACAUUGAAACUAACAACGCCGACCUACGGUGACUUGAACCAUUUGGUUUCUCUCACAAUGUCCGGCGUAACGACUUGCCUCAGAUUCCCUGGUCAAUUGAACGCCGAUCUGAGAAAAUUGGCCGUCAACAUGGUACCCUUCCCGCGUCUGCACUUCUUCAUGCCCGGUUUCGCUCCACUCACCUCCAGGGGCAGCCAGCAAUACAGAGCCUUGACCGUACCCGAAUUGACCCAACAAAUGUUCGAUGCCAAAAACAUGAUGGCCGCUUGUGAUCCUAGACACGGAAGAUAUCUAACCGUUGCCGCAGUAUUUAGAGGUAGAAUGUCCAUGAAAGAGGUUGACGAACAAAUGCUCAACAUCCAAAACAAAAACAGCAGCUACUUCGUCGAAUGGAUUCCCAACAACGUUAAAACCGCUGUUUGUGAUAUUCCUCCUAGGGGUCUCAAAAUGUCCGCCACGUUCAUCGGUAAUUCUACUGCCAUCCAAGAAUUAUUCAAACGUAUCUCCGAACAAUUCACCGCUAUGUUCAGAAGGAAAGCUUUCUUGCAUUGGUACACUGGUGAAGGUAUGGACGAGAUGGAAUUCACCGAAGCUGAAUCGAACAUGAACGAUUUAGUGUCUGAAUACCAGCAAUACCAAGAGGCCACCGCGGACGAGGACGCCGAAUUCGAUGAAGACCAGGAAGCCGAAGUCGACGAAAACUAAACGUUGAUCUGAAAUCAUGUCAUUUAUUUUAAUCUUUCAUUUCAUUUGCAUUUGUGUUUUUUGUACAGUACAUUCCCGUAUAUUUUUUUUGUAAGUUCUCGGAGUAGGCUGGUUUUCUGUGAAGGAAAGGCCAACUGAUGGGUUUCCGUUUUGUUUACAGAAAAUCGGUUCGUAACAUUAUUU